GACAUUCUAGAACCAUGGCCGAUCUUCAUGGAAACUCUGUCACACAAGCCACAACUGAUAACAAGACCGGACGAUCUCCCGCUUAUCAGGAAUAGUCUCACUAACUGUAACCUAGCAACAGAAACUGAACUGCUAGUCCGUCUUUGGUACUGUUUGUUAGGUCCAUCAUGGAGCAGUGUAGUUAUGCUUUUAGGUAUAGUGGUGAGAGGAUACUUUUUGAGUGUGAUGUUACUCUACCUGAUCGUGACAUAAUUGAUGUAUGUGGAGGAAUCCUGAAGGAGGGACAAGAAGUGAUGAAAGUUCCUGGCCAGCGGAACCAUAGCAUAGCAAACCUGAUUGCCCAGUUAUCACGACUAAAAAAAGAGCUGGCACCCUGUCCAGGGCUCUUCCCAAGUCCCGUCUCCUUCUUCACCACACCACUGCAGAUGCCCCUCCCUCAUUCAACCUCCCUCCAUGAUCGCUCCACCCCCCUUCCUAACAUAUCUCUUCCAUUAACUUACCCUAGACUUCCUGUUAUCAUCAGUACAUCUAGUCUAUCUCCGGCCUCGUGGCUCCAAACUGAAACACGGAACACAAAGGAAGCUGCUGAAAAAUAUGUUCAAGAUGUUCAAGAUGUUCAAGACAGUAAUUCAUUAAGCAACUCAACGAAGACCAAUAUCGAGGACAACCAAGUUGGAUUUCGAAGUUUGUGCCCUGGUUUGCGCUCGCGUUAUGGGUCCCUCUCCCCUAUAAAUACGACUGCGUCCUCCUCCACAGCAACCACUGUUCUCUCUGACCAGACACCGGUAUUUCUCACCACCCCAACUGCAACCACAACUCUAAAGACCUCUUCAGGAACCGCUGUGGCGCCUCAUGCGACGGCCCCUCUGGGAACCAUUGUGGCGCCUCUAGUGACGGCCCCUCUGGGGACCAUUACAACAACACCCCAACAAGGAGCCACUCCUCACAUUAACAAGAUGAUUGGUAGAACUCUGAUAAGUAGUAACUCGGUCUGGUCACCCUAUUUGAAAGAGAAGGAUACUGCGAAUAUUAAAAAAUCAUGGGAUGUUAGAAUGACAGAAGAAUAUCGUCCGAGAUCAGAAUCUCCUAGAUACAACUACAAUCUAAAAGACGAGAAAUCGUUUGAGUGCAAAUACUGCGACUACCAAGCUAAGCAGUACAAUCAGUUAGCUCGUCACUGGAAGACACACAGUGGAGAAAGACCCUACCAGUGCGGCAUGUGCGACUAUAGUGCGGCUCUUAAACACAAUCUGGUUCAACAUAUGUGGAGCAAGCAUACUGCCCGGAAGAAAUACCAGUGCUCAGAAUGCGACUACUCCGCGACAAGACGAGACUACCUAGCAGCACACCGGACCCAGCAUACCGGCUACAAGCCCUUCACUUGUCCACACUGCAGCUGGGAGACUGGACUGAAGAGCAAUAUGACACAGCACAUGAAACGGAAACACUCUGCUAAAUCUGAUGAUGUGUGAUUUUAGGUGCACUUUAUGUGUGUGCUCACGUGUUUGAUCACGCACCACGUAUUUGAUGGUUAUCACGUGCCACAAUGAUCAUAUUCAGUUAUAUCCAGCAUUGGUGGACCAAAAGUAGAACAUGUUAAAUAAUUUCAUUGGUAAAUAAUUAUUGAUUUAAAGUUAAUGUCAGCCUUUUGUGUUUACUUAUUUCGUGUUUAACAUUUGAAAUUGAUUUAAGGGUUAUUGUUUAAGACCUCUUGAUUAUAAUACAUCAUGACUUUAUGAAUGAUUUUUGUCGAUAUUCUCCGUUAAAUCGAUUAUAAUGUUAAGUUAGUAAGUUAAUGGAAAUCUUUAGUAUUACUGAGUGACUGAUUAAUCACAGAUUUUUUAGUUAGUUACAUUUUUUAUUUUGAUUACAUAUUUUAUUCUAUAUAGGUAUUAUAAUUAUAUCUUUGUUGGGUAAUCUUGUUUUAGACCUGUUGGAACUUCAGAAUUUUUAUUUUACUUUGUAUUUUAAUAGGUGAAUUUUUGAUAAGUUCAGCAAUAUGUGUUCAUUUAUUUUGACUUACGAAAUUUUAGAAACUCAUGGUAGUAAACUUAAUUGUGCG